AUGGCGACAAGCCUCCGCGGCGCCAUGAGAGCUUGUGUGGGCUCAAGCAUCCAAAGUGUCUUUUCUUUGCCGUGGUCGGGCCUGGUGUUGUUGUUGUUGGUGUUGUUGCGACGUUCUGGCUCCAGUAUGGCUGUGCUUGCAGCUGUCCCGCAAAGUUACCACCGUGCGGGAGACGCGAAGGAAAAAGUCCCCCGUGGGGAAAAAGACAACGGCGUCUGGCGUGCGCGGUAUGGUGUGCUUGGCAUCCCCGACGCGGUUACAUGCACUGACUAUCCCCCAACAACCACUGCACACGCGGUCUUGGCUUUUCUUGGCCCGUAUCAAGGUCCAGCGGCUGACUGA